AUGCAUACAUGACAAAACUCUCUAUCAGGUAGCUGAAUACCUUAGCACUUCUUGGAUAAAAUUGGCUAUUGAGCUCAACUUUACGUACCCAGAUAUAAGCACCAUUACGAAUAAAUACACAACAGAGGUCGUCAUGCAAGCUUACGAAAUGCUUGCAACAUGGACGCGAGCCCAACCCAUCAAUGCUGAACAGCAGGUUCCCAAGUUAUGUUCGGCAUUAGUUGCAAUUGGAAGAGCUGAUAUUGCAAGAUAUCUGGAUGGAGUGCAUGCACCCAGACCUGAGGCUCAGCAUGAACAGGAAGCAGACGAAGAACCAAUGUUGACGGAUCCCCACCAAGAGGCACAGGUGCCAGAUAUUAGAAAGUCCGGCUGAGCGUGGCAGAGCUGGAAAGGGUACAACCGAUCAAGGUCACCGGUCUGCCAGAUAUACCGAGACAAUUGCUGAAAAUGCGGAAAUAUUCACAAAGGGAUGCGAGUCCACUGGGAUACCAACUAUUUUGAAGGUUCCAUUGGAUCAAAAGUCCGUUCCUGCCAGCGUUAUGUACCGUAGCUAUAGCUUCAGUAAGAGAUCUGGUUUGGUUCAGCAUCACAAAGUUAUAAUGUUAGUUGGGGCCACAGGUGGGGGUAAGAGCACACUGAUUGAUUUCAUGAUCAACUUUAUCCUUAAAGUAGACUGGAAGGACUGGUUUCGUUUCAAGAUCAUUCCCCAACAAGGAGAGGGACCACAGUCACAGGCUCAUAGUCAAACUCAAAUCAUAUCUUCCUACACUAUUUAUGGAAACCAACACCACAACGUUCCUUACACGUUGACAAUCAUCGAUACGCCAGGCGUUGGAGACACAAGAGGUAUUGGGCGUGACAGAGCCAUCCUUGAUCAGAUACGCGAUUUCUUCCUUCAUUCCGAGGCUCACAACGUAGAUCACAUAGACGCUAUAGGCUUUGUUGCUCAGUCUUCGCUGGCACGCCUCACCCACACACAGCGGUAUGUUUUUGAUUUCAUCCUUUCCGUGUUUGGUAAAGACAUCUCCCCAAACAUACUUCUCCUGCUCACUUUCUGUGAUGGGCAGAAGCCCCGUAUUUUCGAUGCAAUUAAAGAAGCGGAUAUUCCUUGCAGUGACAGCAUGUUUAAGUUCAACAACUCGGCUCUUUUUGCUAGGUACGUAGACAAAAAUACGGACGACGAAGACAUGUUUGACAGGAUGUUUUGGCGAAUGGGGAUGAAGAACUUCUUCCAAGCUCUCAAUAGCUUGGACCCGAGGAGCCUAAUUCUCACAAAGGAAGUUCUGGAGGAGCGGAAGCGACUGGAGACGAAAUUUAAUGGAUUUGCAACCCCAAAUUAAAAAGGGUGUUCGUACACUGGAAGAGGUACAGCAAGUGCACCAAAUACUUGAGCAACGCGAAACAGAAAUGCAAACAAACGAGUCGCUCAGUCAAGUCAUAAAGAACUUAUCAGAAGAAUUCCUCAUGGUCCAGAAACGUGUUUGUUUUUUGAUAAUUGACUCUCAUCGGAUU